AUGUCGCAAGACCAAUACCAUCAUUAUAUUCCAAGAUUCAUUCUACGUAAUUUUGCUAAUGACAAAUAUGAGAGAAUAUUUGUGAGUGAUAAAAAGCUAUUUAAUAAGAAACGAAAAAAAAUCUUGCUGAGCAAAAAGAAGAGUGAACGUCUUCAAACUUAUGAUAGAAGUAAUGAUCAACUGGGUAUUUCUUUAAUUGCGAAAACCUACGGAUUCAAAAACCUAUACAAAGAUCUCAAUCAUGAUGAUACAAUGCGUGUAGAAAAUAAACUUUCAAAACUUGAAAAUGAAGCAUCAAAUGUGGUCAGAGACAUUAUUACCGCAUCUCAACAAGAUAAGAGCCACAUUGUUUUGCUUAGGAAAAAUCUUGCUAAUUUACGCAAGUUUCUAUUCAUCAUGAAUUACAGAAAAACUUCUAGAAAAGACCAGUUUUUAAAGGAGGAAUUCGAUAUCCCUACCUUGUUAGAAUUAAAAAAUUUUAUGAAGCAGAAUAAUAUACAAAAUUCGCAAGAAGUAUGGUUACAGAACAUUGAUGAAAUAUUAGAUACCCCACAUCAAGAUGUCAAGAAUAAUGAGCAAAUAUUUUCUGCAGAUAGGAUGGAUUACAAGCGUUAUGCGAACGAUUAUUUUCUCGCAAUUUGGCAAGCUGGUGAAAAUGAUGAAUUUAUUAUAACCAGCAACACUUUUGGACUCUUUGAAGGUGUGAUUGUAGAUAAAAUUUUUUUAGAUGGUCGAUUUCAAAAAGUUUCAAAAGCAUUUCAUUAUUUUUAUGUUAUCUCUCCAAAGCUAGUAUUAGUUCUUUGUGAUUGGGGUUUUCGAGAUGGUAUUGGAUUUGAAUAUUUAGAUAAUUUAUUUGGGUUUAAACAUCGCUCGUUUUUUGAAAAUGUUUCACAUCCAAAACCAAUUCCGGAUUAUGUUAAUAAAAUGGAUCCUUCUCAGCUCAACAUAAGACUGGACAGCAAAUUUAAUCGGUUGCCGAAUAUAGUAAGACAUGAUGACGAUAAAUUUACCUUUCAGUUCGGUAAAAUCAAUUCAGCCACUGUUAACCUCGUAAAUUAUAUUAUACUUAAUGAAGCUGAAUCAGAUAUAAAUGUGUCUUUUUGUUCCCUUUUAUAUCUUUAUAAGACAAUUAUUAAGUACUAUAAAAAUUACAAGGAUAUUUUCAAUUACGCUGAAAAUACUGAUGGUAUUACGUGUAAAUCGCCACAAGACUUCUCGAAUUUGAAAAAGACUUUGUUUAUGACAUUAAAUAAAACACAUGAAGAGGAUUUGAAUCUCAGGAAAAACAUUUUAUCAAGCAGUAUAGAUUGGAAUUUAUUUAAAUUUGAUACUAAAUGA